AGGGUUUACCCUAACUGGACUAAACCCAACUUUUCUCCCAAUCUCAGAAAAUCUAUUCACAUUUCUUCCCCUCUUUCUAUCUGCAUUCACUACUAGGCCCAUCUCUCUCUCUGCGACCUUCCUUCUUCUUCUUCUUCUCUCUCCUUUUCUUGCUAAUUUCCAUUUCAGUUCACUUUUGAGCUCGUUUUUGCGGCAAUGGAGUUGGAGGGUGUCGGCUUCAUGGAAAGAACCAUGUGGGUGUCUUCUGUUUUGGAAGCCAUGGUGAUGGAGACUGUUUUUGUCACUGCAAACUCCCUCGCUUGCCUUCUUGCGGCGACAGGUGCUCUGUUAAAUAAUGCCAAUGCCACACCAGGAUUGGCUGCAAUUGAGGAAAGGUUUCCUUUCUCUGAACUUCACAAAAAGGAACGCCCCGAUCAGGAAAACAAAGAUGGUAGUGAAACGGAGGAUGAUGAAGAUGACGACGAUGACGAUGAUGCAAAUGAUCAGGACGACGACGACGAUGAAGAUUUUUCCGGAGGUGAAGAAGGGGAUGAUGGUGAUCCAGAGGAUGAUCCUGAAGCAAAUGGCGAUGGAAGAGCUGGAGGUGAUGAGGAAGAUGAUGACGAGGACGACGACAAUGGAGAGGACGAGGACGACGAUGAGGAGGAGGAAGAAGACGAGGAGGAGGAAGACGAGGAGGAGGAAACACCUCAGCCACCAGCUAAGAAGAGGAAGUGAGAAUAUUGAUUGGCCCUCCACGUCGUCGAGUUUCGAGUAGCGAGGGAAGUUUAGCUAGUGUAAGCCUUUGGUUUAGGGGUAGAAACAUUGUCGGCCUUGUUGGUAAUGAACUGCGCAGCUUAUGUUUGUGAUGUUAUGGAUCCAUGUUAUAUAUAACAUUUCUUUUGGUAAACUAGUUAAGCAAAUUUCCAUUGAUAUAGCAAAA